AUGAUUAAGAAGGGGAAUCGAGGUACCAAUUUAAUGAAUGGAAGUUUGAUAGAGACACUUAUAGUUCAAUCAGAAGAUCUUGUACAAGUUGUUGCAAAGGCAAUUCCUCUUCCUGCAAAUGGAAUUACUGGAUACGGAGGGGGUGAUCGUGUAGAGGAUAUUGCAGACAUCAAUGAAGGCUUAAAGAGAGAGGAGAAAGCGACAGAAUCGAACGAGUCCAAUGGGGAUAAAAGCCACAGAAGUCAAACAAGGCCUUCUGCCAAAAAGGAGAGUGGUUUUGAUUGCAUUUCUACAGCUCAGAAGGCAAAUGUCGCAGCCAAUUCUGCAAGAGAUUUUUCAGAGGUGAAUAUUAUUAAAGUAAAAAAUGGUGAACAUCCCCGCUGA